GGUUGACGCUGUUCCUGCCUCCAGCAAUCCGCCAUCACCUUGCCCCUCGCGCCAUGGCGCCCGCCUGCCUCCUAUUGCCACUCCUCCUGCUCCCCUUCGCCCCAGGUCCAGCACAGGCCGCGACGCCGGCAAGGUCUCCGUCGGCGUCAGCAUCAUCCUCCUCCACGUCCGUCGUGUUCCAGCUCCAGGGCGACGUAUAUCCCACCGGGCAUUACUAUGCCACCAUGAACAUUGGGGAUCCGGCGAGGCCCUACUUCUUGGACAUUGACACCGGCAGUGACCUCACUUGGCUGCAGUGCGACGCUCCCUGCCAAAGCUGCAACAAGGUGCCGCACCCAUUGUACAAGCCAACAAAGAGCAAGAUUGUGCCCUGUGCAGACUCACUCUGUACUACACUGCUCAGCUCACAGAUUCCUAACAACAAGCAGUGCCCCUCACCACACCAAUGCGACUACAAAAUCAAGUACACGGACAGCUCGUCUUCUCGCGGUGUGCUCGUUACCGACAGCUUCGGCCUAACCCUACGGAAUUCAUCCCGUGUUAGUCGCAGCCUCACCUUUGGCUGUGGCUAUGACCAGCAGGUGGGAAAGAAUGGGGCAGUGCAGGCAGCGACAGAUGGCUUGCUUGGGCUUGGGAGGGGAUCAGUUAGCUUGGUCUCGCAGCUCAAGCAGCAAGGCAUCACCAAGAAUGUACUUGCCCAUUGCCUCAGUACGAACGGAGGAGGGUUCCUCUACUUUGGGGAUGAUAUCGUGUCUACCUCACGCGCAAUGUGGGUGCCGAUGGCUCGUAGCACAUCUGGGAAUUACUACUCACCUGGCUCAGGAACACUUUACUUCGAUAAACACCCACUAGGAGUGAAGCCAACGGAGGUGGUAUUUGAUAGCGGUAGCACCUAUACGUACUUUGCUGCCCAGCCAUACCAAGCGACUGUUUCUGCGAUCCAAGCUGGUCUCAGCAAGUCACUUACGAAGGUGUCUGACCCCAGUCUACCUCUUUGCUGGAAAGGGCAGAAAGUGUUUAAAUCUGUGUCUGACAUCAAGAAGGAGUUCAAAUCACUCUUCCUGAUGUUUUCGAAGAAUACAGCCAUGGAGAUCGCUCCCGAAAACUACCUCAUUGUUACCAAAAAUGGAAAUGUGUGCUUGGGCAUUCUUGACGGGUCGGUGGCCAAACUUAAUUUCAACAUAAUUGGAGAUAUCACAAUGUAGGAUCAGUUGGUAAUUUAUGACAAUGAGAAAGGGAAACUUGGAUGGAUCCGUGGAUCAUGCAGUAGGGGCACUAAGUAUAUUAUAUCUUCAUUUACAUGGUAUUUGCUUAUAAUCCAACUUUUAGCCCAUCCGUUAAAAAGCUGGAUAUAUCAUUAUUGAUGGAACUGGCCAACUGGAGGAAGCUACUAUUGGCUUGAAAACCCUGAGAUAUUGACACUCUCGGAACUGAAGAGAGUUCAAGCUAUUGCAAUCCACAGAAUAGGCAAUAGGCGGAUAAAAAUUACAGUAACAUGGCUGGGUAAACUGGACGAUGUAAGUGGAGAAGGAUGACCAUGCCAUAUCACAUUGGCGGAAAGGAAUAUAUUAACCAGUAUGCUUCUCCUGUUCGUAAUAAGAUGGAAUCUGUAUUUUACAUCUUUGGCUUGAAUUGUUCUUUACUUUUCUUUAUCUUAGUUGGGUGAUAUAUCUAUGCUUUACAUUCGUUUCAGUGUCCAAGGCAACUUUUUGACAAGUAGUUUUUCCAGUAUAUCUGUGUCAAAUCUUGUGUUCAGUGUCCUAGGUUCUGGUCUUUCACCUAAAAACCUUUAACUCCAUAAUUUUUUUAUUAGGACUUAACCAUGACUAGGCCCUACCUUUGAAACUUUAACUCCUCAAUAUUUGAGGAGUUACUCCUCAGUUCCUCCCCAAUUCCUCAAGUUUAAGUCGGAAUGUUUUCUUCACCUAAAAAAUCUACGCUCGCUCUAUCCUUCCGUCCGACUGUGCAUUUACAUUUUCACAUUUGUGAAUGGCUAUUUGGUUC